GGCACUAGGCUCACAGCCAGGGACCAUGCGCUGCUGUUGCUGCCGUUGCUGCAGGUGCCACCGCUGUCGGUGGCUUCCCCAGGCUCUAAGGCUGUUGCUGUUGCUGCCACUUGUCCUUGUACCUCCCCUAGCAGCAGCUUCCGAGGGGACAAACCGCUGCAACACUAUAUACCAGGGCUUUGCUGAGUGUCUCAUCCGCUUGGGGGACGGCAUGAGCCGUGGAGGCGAGCUGGAGACUGUCUGCAGGUCCUGGAAUGACUUCCAUGCCUGUGCUUCACAAGUGUUGUUGGGCUGCCCGGAGGAGGCAGCUGCCGUGUGGGAGUCACUACAGCAAGAAGCUCGCAAGGCCCCACACCCAAAUAACUUGCAUGCUUUGUGUGGUGCCCCUGUGAGCGUCCGAGAGCGUGGCAUUGGCCCAGAGAUCAACCAGGAGACGCUGCGAGCAACAGCACCUGCACCCACUCUGCUUCCUGCACCUGAGCUGCUGGCUGCUGCGCUGGCGCUGGCAUGCCUCCUGGGGCCUCUAGCCUAACAAGUUGGGCCUGCCUCCAGCCUUGUGCUGAGAGACCGCCAUUCUGGCUCUUGCAGAGUGCUCCAUGGUUUUCAUUAAAGGUAUUUAUAUUUGC